AUGGCUGUCGAAUACAAGUUGACUUAUUUUGAUGGAAGAGGAUUGGCUGAUGUUUCAAGACAGGUGAGCAUAGUAAAUGAAUAGUUACAAAGAAAAAUAAGAUAAAAAUUCUAGUUAAAAAAUUUGAAUUUACUCACAAAACUACAGUAAUCUUUUUUAACUUAAAAAAUCAGAUCUUGAAAAUUAUUUUGUGUAAUAAUUCUCAUCGAAAAAUUUCAAAAAAAUUUUUAUACAGUAAUCUUUCAUUUUUUAUCAAAUCCAUCCAAUCAUUUUUUUUUGCAGCUUUUUGCAUUGGCAAAUGUAAAAUUCGAAGAUAUUCGUGUUUCUCACGAAACUUGGGCAACAAUCAAAAACGAUGCUCCAUUUGGCCAACUUCCAGUUCUCGAAACAAAAACUGGUCUAAAAAUUCCGCAAUCUUUGGCGAUUGCAAGAUAUCUGGCGAAUAAAUUUGGAUUUUCUGGAAAAACUGAAGAAGAAAAAGCAUUGACUGACGCAUUUGCAGAUCAAUUCAAAGAUUUCUAUGUUGAAAUUAAAACAUAUUAUUAUUCGAAACUCGGAUUUAUGAAUCAUGAUCCAGAAGAGGAAAAAACCAAAGUAUUGAUUCCAGCAAGAGACAAAUUCUUCAAGAUUUUGUUGAAAUAUUUGAAACAUUCGAAAUCUGGUUAUCUUGUUGACAGCGGUGUUACUUUUGCCGAUUUGAUAAUUUGCGAUAAUAUGCGAACAUUAUUGAAAUGGUGGCCAGAAUAUACAAAAGAAUAUCCAGAAAUUCAAGAAUGGUACAAUAAAGUUGAUAAUAUUCCAGCAAUUCGUCAACACAUCCAAAAUUCAAAUGAUACCGGUUUUUAA